AUGGACGAUUCCAAGACGCUGUCCGAAGUGCUCAUGUUACUGGACGGCAUUGGCAGUCCUGAAAGCGAUUCCAGUUCUGUCGCCUCGUUCGUGGAGAGCCACUCCAGUCACGAUGACACUUUUAGCACGUGCUCAACUAUAGUGCAGCCGCAGCUUAAAUCCCCAACAGUAUACAAGGACCGAAGGCGCAAGGGAGGACCUGUGCGGUACACGACGAGCCUUCAACGACGCAAGAAAGCGGAGCUGAGAUCGUUGAGAGAGGAAGCGCAGAGGUUGAACGCGCAACUGGAAAAACUGCAGCUAUCCCGUCUGAGCCGCAUUGGAGUUGGUCCAGCUAUGACCGACCCUCAGAGCGGUCACUCCAGCGUCUGGUGCAGUCUUGCUAUGAUCGAGAGCGAGGGCCGUGAGCGUGCGGAACGUACCAAUCGAGCGUUGAAAGCAAUCAUGGCUAACCAACUGCAAGUGCACGCCUCCAUUUGCAAGCUGCUUAGGCGCAGCAAUGUUCUCGAGGGAAUGGACUUCGUGUUCCAGCCACAGCCCACGUCGGGUAGCCCUCUCUUUCAAGUUGACUUCAGCGAUGCCAUAUUAUCCGAUCAAUCGAGUAGUUUGGGACGGUUGCGACUGGAAGUAGAUCGAGUCUUCCCGGCCCUCGAAGGAAGCCUUUCAAUCACUUGCAGUAGUCAAGCGAAACAUCACGAAACUCGUGGCAACUGUGUCGACACCAGCUCAAUAGCUCCAAUGACGUGCACAGUACAGCAAGCUGGAAAUCUGUUAUGGCAUCACAUCACGACCGAGAGGAAUACGGACGCACACAAGGCCUUCAGCUUCGUACGAACACGAAACCCGAAUUCUCUGGAGCGGAACUGCAUGGCGUCGCUACCCGACGGAAACGAUGCACUGCUGCAUCUUGACGGACUGCAAUUUGAAGACCACCACUGGACAACCAUCUCUCCGUCCCCUACAGACUCCCAGAACGCAUCCGUGGUGCGAAGCUGCUAUCAGCUGCAAGUAAAGCAAGUGGACACGAGGUCGGUUCAACCAGGGGACUUAGCUCGUGUUGAGAAUGUGGUGCUGAAUUCGAUUGGCAAAAAGCUUCGCAACGUAUUGCAGUUGCAGCAAAAUGUGCUCCUCGAUCACGUAGAUCCAGUGGUUGUGGUGCAAGCUGCAAUUUGA